GUAACAUCGUGCUGUUCAUGUAUCAUGAAAUCAUAAAAGGAAAAGUCAAAGAGGGAAAGACCACAUUUUGAAAUGGAAAUGGCUCUGAUGUACUUCAUCAUUCUCGUGAUCUUAUCAGGUUUGACUGAAGGAUCUGGUGUGUUGCCUGAUGGUCCUCUGAAUGCAGCUGUAGGAGAGACGGUGAUGUUCACUACAACACUGACUCCAACAGAAACUCCUUUCCUGACUUUGGCCUGGACUUCUGGCGCUAAGAAUAUAAUAACCUCUAAUACUGUAAACAUAACUGGACCCGAGUAUGAAGGCAGGAUCACCCUCUUCCCAUCAACUGGAUCUCUGGAGCUCAGGAGUCUGACUCUGGAUGACGCUGGAGAAUACUCAGUUGUUAUUGUACCGGCUGGUGAAGCGGCUGAGAUGGGACGGACUACACUGGCAGUAUAUGAGAAAGUCUCCAGUGUGUCAGUAACUUCUUUCACAGAGAAAGUCUCCAAUGUGUCAGUAACUUCCAGCAGCACAGACUUGGUUGAGUUCAGUGGUUCUGUCUCUCUGUCCUGCUCUGCCUCUGGAUCCUCUCUCUCUUUCCUCUGGUUGAACGGCAGCUCUGAGGUUACAGCAAGUGACAGAGUUCAGUUCACUGAUGGAGGCUCCAGUCUGACUAUAAUCACUGUGACCCGCUUUGACCAGGGACCAUUCAGGUGUAGUGUGUCCAGUCCAGUCAGUACUGGUACCAGUGAUCCAGUAAACCUCUCCAUCAGCUAUGGUCCAGAAAAUAUAAAUUUGAUAUUAUCUCCAUCACAAGGAUACUUUGCUGUGGGGUCAGACAUCAGCCUCACCUGCUCAGUUGGAUCCAGACCUCCUGCCCAGUUUAAGUGGUUUCUGAAUGGAGAUCAGCUGCCUGAUACUGGAUCAGAGCUCAGACUGAUGAAUGUUCAGAUGAGUCAGAGUGGAAACUACAGCUGUCAGGCCUUUAACAGCAAAACUCUGAGAUCUCAAACAUCUCAGCCUUCAGCCAUCACUGUGCUGGAGAAAAUAUCAGGUGCUUCUUUCACACCAUCAACAAAUCUGCCAGUUGAGGGAACCUCUGUCAGUUUAGCCUGUGAGGCUUCUGGCUCAGUCUUUAGAAGAAACUGGAUGAAAGAUGGCUCCUACCUGACUCCGACUGAUAACAUGAUCCUUUCUGACAAUAACAGAGUGUUGACCUUUAACACUGUGAAUAGGAAAGACAGUGGAGAAUAUUUCUGCCAGAUCAGCAACCCCAUCAGCAGUGAUGGAGCUAAAUACAUCAUGAUUGCUAACUAUGGACCAGAAAAUGUUCAAAUCAAAGGUCCAAAUAAGAUAAAUAUCAAAGGCACCUUAAAACUGACCUGCUCUGCUGAAUCCACACCAUCUGCCAGAUUCACCUGGUUCUUAAAUGGGAGAGAAAUUCCCAAUAAUUCAGCUGAGUACAUUAAAGAAGAGGUUGAAUUAUCUGACAGUGGCAACUACAUCUGUCAAGCAUGGAAUAAUAUAACUGAGAGAACAUCAUCAUCCGUGGUGCAUGGACUGACUGUAACAGGUACCUGCUUGUACUGAUACCCUUUUAUGUUGUGUAUACAUGAUAAAAAUGAUAGUUUAUCACUCAGUAGCUUUAUCUGAACAUAAUAACACAACAGUUGUUUUUAAUACCUUCACAAAUGCUGUCCAUCUAAUCUGACUGAGCUGGAGCUGUUUUGCAAAGAAGAAUGGGCAAGGAUUUCAGUCUGUAGAUGUGCAAAGCUGGUAGAGACAUACCCUAAAAGA